AUGCAAGGAAAAAGGAUUAUGGUGAUUGGUGCUGGAGUCAGUGGAUUAGGUGCCAUUAAGAUCUGUCUGGAGGAGGGACUGGAACCCAUCUGUUUUGAAGAAAGCAAUGACAUUGGAGGGCUGUGGAGAUAUGAGGAGAAGACGGAAGGAGGCAGGCCAAGUGUCUAUAAGUCUGUCAUCAGCAACACUUCAAAGGAAAUGAUGGCCUACAGUGAUUACCCUUUCCCUGACCACUUUCCCAACUACUUGCACAAUUCCAAAAUCAUGGCGUAUCUCCGUAUGUAUGUCAAACACUUUCACCUUUUGAAGCACAUCUGGUUUCUGUCGAAGGUGUGCAGUGUGAAGAAGCACUCUGAUUUCUCUUUCACGGGACAGUGGGAUGUUGUGGUGCAGGCUGAAGGAAAACAGGAAUCCUAUGUCUUUGAUGGGAUUAUGGUGUGUAGUGGCCUUUUUACCAAUCCCUUCAUGCCACUUCAGAAAUUUCCAGGAAUCAUGCGUUUCAAAGGUCAAUAUAUUCACAGUUGGGAAUACAAGAGUCCAGAGAAAUUUCAGGGCAAGAAAAUCAUUGUGAUUGGCAUUGGAAAUUCUGGAGCUGAUUUGGCGAUUGAGCUCAGUCAUGUAGCUGCACAGGUGUUUCUCAGCACAAGACGUGGUGCAUGGAUUUGGAACCGGGUCUGGGAUUAUGGGAUGCCCAUGGACACUGUUCUCUUUACUCGUUUUAAUUCUCUUCUCAACAAAAUUUGCCCUGCAUUUUUAAUCAACAGAUGGGCAGAGAAUAAAUUAAAUGCUCGCUUUAACCAUGAAAUUUAUGGCUUGCUACCUCAACACAGAUUUCUGAGUCAUCAAGCUACUUUCGGUGAUGAUCUACCCAACUACAUAAUUUCUGGAAGAGUUCUGAUGAAACCAAAUGUUACAAAGUUCACAGAAACAUCAGCCAUCUUUGAGGAUGGCACAGAAGAGGAUGUGGACGUUGUAAUCUUUGCCACAGGAUACACUUAUUCUUUCCCAUUUUUGGAAAAUAAUUCAACAGUUCUGGAUAUCCAGCGUUCCAUGUAUAAAUUUGUUUUCCCUCCUGAGCUAGAAAAACCAACGCUAGCUUUCAUUGGCAUCCUCCAGCCAGUAGGAGCCACUAUUCCCACAUCAGAACUCCAGAGCCGAUGGGCUGUACAUGUAUUCAAGGGAUUGAACAAAUUACCUUCAGUGAGUGGCAUGAUGGCUGACAUAAGAAAGAAGAGAACAAAAGCUGAAAAAGAGUACCUGAAUUGUCCCCACGAUGCACGCAGAGUUCAGUAUGUGAAUUACAUGGAUGAAAUUGCCUCUGAAAUAGCAGUGAAACCCAACCUGUUCUCACUUUUCCUGUGGGAUCCAAAGCUGGCUCUGGAAAUUUUCCUUGGGCCAUGCAUACCUUACCAUGCACACCCUUACCUACAAGGGCCCGGGAAGUGGGCUGGAGCCCGGGAAGCCAUUCUGACUCAGAGAGAACGGAUCAUUAAGCCCCUGAGGACUCACACCCUCAUAUGUGACCAGGCUCCAUGGAGGGGAGAAAUAAUUUAUGAGGAUGUGUCAGACGUUUGUGGGGCUUCUGCAUCGCCUGAAGGCAAGGAUACAAAUGAGCCUCCUCCUGUAAAUGGUGAAACAUCUGAUAGUUCGGAAUCAGAUUCGGAGGCUUCAUUGGUUUUGUCAGAGGAGGGCAAAGAGAUAAAAGAAAUGACCCAUCUAUUCCAGGAAUGGUGGAAAUCCCAUUGGGAAUCUAUUGCCCAAGCUGUCUUGGAGGGUUCUCAAUGGUUGCAACUUUGUAGCUGGUGGGAAGAAGAUGCUAGAAAGCAGGCUCGGAUUAAUGAGGGACAGAAUCCCCCUGGUCCUCUCGAGGACAAGCUAAUGGGAGAGGGCCCUUAUUGGGCUUUAAGAGAACAGGCUCAGUACUCUGAUCAGGACUUACAACAAGUCUGCCAGGUCUUUUUACGAGCAUGGCGCUGUGUGUCUUCGGCGGUGGCGGAAAGGGAAACAACUAAAGUGCGAAGCAGAGAAGAUACAGACCAUGCUACAGUUUAUAAAAGCAAAUAA